GGAUCUAGUGUGUGACAGAGCAUGGUUAGUAUCUUUUGCGCAACUGUUGUAUUUUAUAGGAUUUUUAAUCUCUGUUUUCAUUGGAGGUCAAUUAUCUGAUAAAUUUGGCAGGAAACCUAUGUUCUACUUGUGUUCAGCGUGGACAUUCACAUUCAGUAUGAUAAGUAUAUUUACUUCGUCUUUCUGGAUGUUUCUUGCAUGUCGAUUUUUACUUGCAUUUGGUAGGCCAACUUCGACACUAAUCGUGUAUGUACAUGUAACAGAAAUUGUUAAAAAAGAACACAGACUGAUGGUAGGAUUAAUGGGUAAACUAGGAUAUAUAAUGGGACAACUUAUUCUCCCUGGACUUGUUUGGAUUUUCAGAGAUUGGUUUUAUAUAGAAAUAAUAUGUGUUUUACCAUGUGUAAUCUGUCUUCCGUCGUGGUGGGUCACUUCGGAAUCUCCAAGGUGGCUUAUUACCCAAGGAAAAAUAAUUGAAGCCGAGAAAGUAAUGAGGAAAGCAAUAAAAAUAAAUAAACUCCAAAUUGAAAAUUUCGCUAAAAAAUUCAAGAAUAUAACUGAAAAAAUUGUGAAGGAAAGCGAAGAAAAAGGCAAACGAGUGACAUUUCUGAAUAUCAUGAAAAAUUCUCAUUUACGAAAAGUCAGUUUAAUAUUCUACAUAAUUUCAAUAACAAUUGUUCUCUCAUAUUAUGGAUUAUCAUUCUCAGCUUAUGAUAUUGGAAUAGACAUAUUAUUAUUCUUCUUCCUGGCUGCUGUAGUAGAAAUACCAGCUUCUGCCGUUUACUUUUNAUACCUGAUAUGUCUUUUAUCUGAAGACACUUCAAUUUAA